CACUUCCGUUUUCUUUCCGGGACAAACUAGUCGAGUGUUCUAAGAACAGAUUACGUGUUCUGUUAAGUAUUGUCAUAUAGGAGUUUGUUUACUAAGGCUGAACGAUCUUCAGGGCUGAAAAAUGCCGGAGAGAGACAGUGAAUCUUAUUCAAACCCUUUGGCUCCAGAUGGCCACGAUUUGGACGAUCACCGAUCAGCUUAUCAAUCCAAGCUGACCAAUGAGGAUUUUAGAAAACUGUUGAUGACUCCACGAGCAACUCCAUCUGCUGCCCCACCAUCAAAAUCUCGUCAUCAUGAAAUGCCAAGGGAGUACAAUGAAGAUGAAGAUCCAGCUGCUCGCAGAAGGAAAAAGAAAAGUUAUUAUGCCAAACUUCGUCAACAAGAGCUGGAGCGUGAGCGUGAACUGGCAGAGAAGUACCGAGACCGAGCCAGAGAACGUCGAGAUGGUGUAAAUAAGGAUUAUGAAGAAACAGAGCUCAUUAGUACCACUGCAAACUAUAGGGCAGUGGGACCCACAGCUGAGGCGGAUAAAUCUGCAGCAGAAAAGAGAAGACAGCUGAUCCAGGAGUCCAAGUUCUUGGGUGGUGACAUGGAGCACACUCACUUGGUGAAAGGGUUGGAUUUUGCUUUGCUGCAGAAAGUACGUGCUGAGAUUACCAGUAAGGAGAAAGAAGAGGAAGAAAUGAUGGAAAAAGUGCAAAAAGAAGUAAAAAAAGAUGAAGACCCAGAACAGAAAAUUGAAUUCAAGACACGUCUUGGAAGGAACGUUUACCGCAUUUUGUUCAAAAACCGGGGAGGGGAACGAAAUGAGCUGUUUCUUCCUGGAAGAAUGGCUUAUGUUGUGGAUUUGGAAGAUGAAUAUGCGGACACAGAUAUUCCAACAACAUUAAUUAGGAGCAAAGCGGACUGUCCCACCAUGGAGGCACAAACCACUCUUACAACAAAUGAUAUUGUCAUCAGCAAACUAACCCAGAUUCUGUCAUAUCUGCGCCAGGGAACACGGAAUAAAAAGAUGAAAAAGAAAGAAAAAGGAAAACUUGAUGAAAAAAAGCCAGCAGAAGCAGAUAUAAACAUUUUUGAUGAUAUUGGAGACUACAUACCAUCCACUUCCAAGGCAAUUCAAGAUAAAGAAAAAGAACGCUAUCGGGAGAAGGAGCGUGAAAAAGAAAGGGAGAGAGAGCGAGAGAAAGAGCGUGAGAGGGAGAGAGGCAAAGAGGAGGAGAAACGGAGACACAGUUAUUUUGAAAAACCAAAACCAGAUGAUGAAACAGCUGAAGUGGAUAAAGGUCCUGGUACUGCAAAGGAGUUGAUUAAAUCAAUUAAUGUAAAGUUUGCUGGAACCCCUGGAUGGCAGGGUGCAGAAAAUGCUGCAAACAAACGUGAAGAGAUUAAACAUGUGGGAGAUUUUUUCGGGAUGUCCAACAGCUAUGCUGAGUGCUAUCCAGCAACGAUGGAUGAUCUGGCAGUGGACAGUGAUGAAGAAGUGGACUACAGCAAAAUGGACCAGGGUAACAAGAAAGGACCCCUAGGACGCUGGGACUUUGACACACAGGAAGAAUACAGUGAAUAUAUGAACAAUAAGGAAGCAUUGCCUAAAGCUGCAUUCCAAUACGGAAUCAAAAUGUCUGAAGGACGAAAAACUCGCCGUUUCAAAGAAACCAAUGAGAAAGCAGAACUGGAUCGACAGUGGAAAAAGAUUAGUGCAAUAAUUGAGAAGAGAAAGAAGAUGGAAGCAGAUGGAGUUGAUGUGAAAAGGCCAAAAUACUGAAGCUGCUUUUUCCACCAUUUCAAUCUGUUAUAUAUUUUUUUUUAUUCCCCAAGUGUAGACAAAUACUUUCUUUUAAAAAUAAUAAGAUUUAUCUUUUCACAUUAAAUCCCUGAUUCUUGAAUAUUUGUAGAUAACUGUGCUCUGGCUUUACUUAUUUAACUCAUGUCAUACAAAAGACAGUGGUGGAAUAAAUCACUUGAGUAUUAAUCUGUUUGCACUUCUGAUUCCUGUUUUUGUUUUGAUUAAUUAAUUAUACUUUAAAUCAUCACUUUUAAGUCUGCAAGGUGUACUUAGAAAUGUUAUCUAGGAUCUGUGGAGUUAUGGUAAAUGGUAAAUUGUAUAUCCUGUAUGGUGUAAAUGUAGCACCCUUUAACUGGUACGCUGUGGUAUCUGUUUGAGCUUUGUUUUUACCUCCUGUUUCUUUUCAUAAUGAAGAAAUGUUUAUAAAAAUAAUAACCAGA